AUGUCUCUGGAUAUACGUGACAAGGGCAAACCACUUGAUGGUCAAUUGUCUGAAUUAGUAACAAAGCAUUUGGGAGUUUCAGAUAAAGAUUUUACUUUAUCAAAGUUUGUUACUAGUUUAUAUGAACAAUCGGCUACACGAAAUAACGUUAACAGGAAUUCUAGACUAGGAGGCUUUAUUGAUGUAUUAAAGAGCAACGGAGCUGGAGACUUUCCACAGGAAUUCGUAGAUGAGAUAUUUCUGUUAAUUGAUGAAUAUUUAUAUCACGUACCCGUUAAAGAAGAACCAAUUGAUAAUGUACCCAACAAUAGACAAGGGACCGAUUCAAAAGUAUUCAAAAGUUUAAAUAUUCCUGACAAACCAGUACGAUGGACUGAAGAAGAUUUUGCGAAUGAAUACAAAGAUAUUUCAAAGGAAGAAGAUACAAAUACGAAAGUGGAUGUUAAACUCGAAAGAAAUCAUAAUGGAAAUCACGAAAGACGCUAUACAGUGAAGGACGAGCCAAUAGAAGCGGGAAAUGUAUAUAAGGGAUAUGUAAGCAACAUAACUACCUACGGGGCAUUUAUAAGAUUAAACGACCCAAAAUCAUUUCAGUCUGGAUUAUGCCAUGUUUCCCAAAUCUCGUUUGAUGGGAGAACAAGAAUUCAAAACCCUUCAGAUGUUUUAAAAUUGAACCAAGAAAUUUUUGUUAAGGUUUUGCUGAUUGAAAAACCAACCUCUCAAGUUGGUAGAAGACUUCCUAGAGAAAAAAUCAGCUUAUCGAUGAGAGGUAUAGACCAAGCUACGGGAUUAGAUAGGAGCGAAGAAAUCAACCAAAAUGCAAAAGAAGAAAGAGAAGGUAGAGUACGAAACACUGACGAACAAAGUAAACAAUCAAAUAGAGGUGUCAAGAGAAGGUUAACUUCGCCUGAACGCUGGGAAAUAAGACAAUUAAUAGCAUCAGGCGCAAUGUCUGCCAAAGACUAUCCUGAAUUAUUACAAGAUGAAGAUCCAAAUGCUGCAUUUAGAGAUGAUACGACUAAUGAUGAUAAUAAUGAUGAUGAUUUAGAAAUUGAUAUAGAGUUGAAUCAUGAUGAACCUGCAUUUUUAAAGGGCCAGACACAAAGUUCAGUAGAAUUGGCCCCAGUUAAAAUUAUUAAAAACCCUGAGGGCUCACUUAGUAGAGCUGCAAUGAAUGGUUCGAGGCUAGCAAAAGACAUUAAAGAAGAACGUUUGAAAGAGCAGCGAGAGAAGGAAAAGCAAGCAAGGCAGGAGAAAGCUAAGAGUAAAGAUUCACACGAUCCUUUAAAUAGAGCAAAUAAUGCUCAAAAUACAGAAAUUGCAACAACUAAUGAAAAGACUCUGAAUUUUAUAUCAGAAUGGAAGAAAUCACAAAUGGAUAAAAAUAUAUCGUAUGGAAAACGAACCAGCCUUUCAAUAAAAGAACAAAGAGAAUCAUUACCUAUAUUCCCUAUGAGAGCGGAUUUAAUAAAGGCUGUAAGAGAAAACCAAUUCCUUGUAAUUGUCGGUGAAACUGGAUCGGGUAAAACUACUCAAAUUGUACAAUAUUUGGCUGAAGAAAGCUUAGAUAAAGUUGAAGGGGAGCAAAAGAUUAUUGGAUGUACUCAACCUAGAAGAGUGGCCGCUGUUUCAGUUGCAAAAAGAGUCGCAGAAGAAUAUGGUUGCAAAGUAGGAGAAGAUGUAGGAUAUACAAUCAGAUUCGAGGAUAAAACGAGCAAGGAUACAAGAAUGAAAUAUAUGACUGAUGGGAUGCUUCAAAGAGAAGCUUUAAACGAUCCUCUCAUGAGUAGAUAUUCUGUCAUUAUGUUAGAUGAAGCUCAUGAAAGAACUAUUGCAACUGAUGUUCUUUUCACAUUAUUGAAAAAAGCUGUGGCCAAUAAUCCAAAUUUGAAAAUUAUUAUUACUUCUGCAACACUUGAUGCAAACAAGUUUUCAAACUAUUUCAAUAGCUGUCCAAUUGUAAGGAUUCCGGGAAGAACCUACCCAGUCGAUAUACUUUACACUAGAGAACCCGAAAUGGACUAUUUGUCGUCUGCUCUAGACUCAGUUAUACAAAUACAUAUAUCUGAACCUGAGGGAGAUAUUUUGGUCUUUUUGACUGGGCAGGAGGAAAUUGAUACCAGUUGUGAGGCACUUUAUGAAAGGAUGAAGAUUUUAGGAGAUACAGUACCAGAACUAAUUAUUUUACCUGUUUAUUCUGCGUUGCCAUCUGAAAUGCAAAGUAAGAUAUUUGAAGCAACUCCACCAGGUUCAAGAAAGGUUAUUCUUGCUACAAAUAUUGCAGAAACAUCGAUCACCAUUGAUGGUAUCUAUUAUGUUGUAGAUCCUGGAUUUGUUAAAAUUAAUGCAUAUGAUUCCAAAUUGGGUAUGGACUCAUUAACAAUCUCUCCAAUUUCCCAGGCACAAGCAAACCAGAGAAGUGGUAGAGCUGGGAGAACAGGGCCGGGGAAGUGCUAUAGACUAUACACUGAAAGUGCAUUCAAGACUGAAAUGUUGCCUAAUACAGUUCCAGAAAUUCAAAGACAGAAUUUAUCACAUACAAUUUUGAUGUUGAAAGCAAUGGGUAUUAAUGAUCUAUUGAAUUUCGAGUUCAUGGAUCCUCCACCGACAAAUACAAUGAUGAAUGCUUUACAAGAUUUAUAUACAUUAUCUGCGUUAGAUGAUGAUGGCUACUUGACAAAAUUGGGUAGAAAAAUGGCUGAAUUUCCUAUGGAGCCUGCUUUGGCGAAGACUUUGAUUAUUUCAGUUGAUUUUGGCUGUUCAGACGAAAUAUUGACUAUCGUCGCAAUGCUUUCAGUUCAGACAGUAUUCUAUAGACCUAAAGAUAAACAGAAACAAGCAGACCAGAAGAAAUAUCGUUUCCACCAUCAAUAUGGUGAUCAUUUAACUCUAUUGAACGUUUAUCGCUCUUGGAGCUUAAAUGGUAACAAUAAGCAAUGGUGCGUCGAAAACUACAUUCAAGAUCGAAGUAUGAAAAGAGCGCAAGAAGUCAGGAAGCAAUUGGUACUAAUUAUGUCAAAAUAUCGACACCCUAUAAUUUCAUGUGGUCCUAAUAUUGACAGGGUCAGAAAGGCACUAUGUGCCGGCUUCUUCAAGCAUUCUUCAAAGAGGGACCCACAAGAAGGAUAUAAAACUUUAGUUGAGCAAACUCCUGUUCAUUUACACCCAUCUUCUGCGUUAUUCGGUAAAAGUCCAGAUUACGUGAUAUAUCAUACUCUAUUAUUGACUUCGAAGGAGUACAUGCACUGUGUAACUGUAAUUGAUGCGAAAUGGUUGUUAGAACUUGCCCCAGGCUUUUUCAAGAAAACCGACGCAGCAAAACUUUCUGAAAAGAGGAAAAAUGAUAAGAUUGUGCCGCUAUUUGACAAAUUUUCUAAAGACAAAGACUCUUGGAGAUUGAGUAGUCAGGCUUCUAUAAAAAAGAGAGCUUUAGGUAAUAACUAA